CGUUAGAUUUUAGUUGAAGUCCAGAAAAUAAAGGAUGGGACGGCAGAAAAAUAAAUUGAUUUAUUUUCUGUUUGGCUAGCUUUAGCUGUGAGGAGGGGAAAAAAUUGGUAUCGUUGGGUGCAUAACGUUCAUUUAAAAAAAACCUAAAACUUUUCUGAUGAAAGUGGAAAAGAAGUCCACUUUAUCCUUAUAUCAAAUUUCACCAGAAAAUCUGUACCUUGAUAGAAAUUGUACUCUGCGUGUGCUCUGUGGCAUGCUUUGCUUAGUCUUUUAAAAAUAGGCUUUACUUAAUAGAUUAGUUCCAGACAUUCUACUUCAAAUUUAUCUUCAAAUCUAGCUGGAGAAUUCCUGAGCCAGAAAACAAGAUCUGCAAGUCUUGAUCUCUUGGGAUCACAUUCUCCAUGGCAUGAAACACAGGCAGUGACUUGGGCUGGCCAGCCACCUCUAACCGCAUGAAGUGGCUUCUCUACAAAAGAUGGUAGGGAAACUCAAGAAGAACCUCUUGGUGGUCUGCCUGGUGAUUAGUUCAGUGACUGUCUUCUACUUGGGGCAACAUGCUAUGGAAUGCCAUCACCAAAUAGAGGAGCGAAGCCAACUGUCCCGACUGGAGCCAGCCAAAGCAACCCCAAGAACCAGCCACAGCACGAAGGAAAAUGCCACACAGGCUUAUAACAAAGACAUGCCUUUAAUAUUUAUUGGGGGAGUACCCCGGAGUGGUACAACCUUGAUGCGGGCGAUGCUAGAUGCUCACCCGGACAUCCGUUGUGGAGAAGAGACACGGGUCAUCCCUCGGAUUUUGGCCAUCAAGCAGAUGUGGGCCCGAUCAAGCAAAGAGAAAAUGCGGCUCAAUGAAGCAGGUGUCACAGACGAGGUGUUGGACUCAGCCAUGCAGGCCUUCCUCUUGGAAAUUAUCGUGAAGCAUGGAGAGCCAGCGCCUUACCUGUGCAACAAGGACCCCUUUGCCCUCAAGUCUUUAACUUACCUGGCCAGGAUUUUCCCCAAUGCCAAGUUUAUUUUAAUGGUCAGAGAUGGCCGAGCCUCCGUUCAUUCCAUGAUCUCCAGGAAGGUCACCAUUGCUGGCUUUGAUCUGAGUAGCUACAGGGAUUGCCUGACCAAAUGGAACCGUGCCAUUGAGAUCAUGUACAACCAGUGCUUGGAGGCUGGCCUUGACCGUUGCAUGAUGAUGUAUUAUGAGCAGCUGGUCUUGCACCCCGAGCAGUGGCUCAGGACGCUCCUCAAGUUCCUCCACAUCCCAUGGAAUCCUGCAGUUUUGCAUCACGAAGAAAUGAUUGGGAAAGCUGGGGGAGUGUCCCUAUCAAAAGUUGAAAGAUCUACGGACCAAGUUAUUAAGCCAGUUAAUGUGGAAGCCUUGUCAAAAUGGGUUGGAAACAUCCCCUCAGACGUCCUACAUGAUAUGCCAGUGAUCGCACCGAUGUUGGGGAAGCUUGGCUACGACCCCUAUGGCAACCCACCAAAUUAUGGGAAACCGGAUCAGAAAGUCCUUGAAAACACAAGAAGGGUUUAUAAAGGUGAAUUUCAGCUUCCGGACUUCCUAAAAGAAGUGCCACAGCUAAGGAAGACAGUAGAAAGGAAAUCCCAUAUCCAGCUAAAGUGAAGAAGGAGUUGAUAAAGUAGAGUAACUGAUGCGGUGAACUAGAAGAGUGGCUGUGACUUAACGAAUGUUGGAGUCGUUUUAAAGAAAGCACGAUGGCAAAAUCUACAAAAAUCUGUUUCCUCAGAAUAUGUCCCCAUUUCAUAAUGACAUGUAAACGGCUAUCUUCCUUCUGAGAGCAGCUGUACUGAAAUGCUGGAGAUGUUUGUAGGGAAUGGUUCUGGGAGCAAGGCAUUAAAGUGGGAGGACUCCAGGUGGGAAUAUCUCCUGUAUAAAACAUUUUGGAGUUGUGAGAGUCGUGCAGUUGUGGUGUGCCUAUUAAUCUCUGUGACACUAAUAUACAGAAGAUACAUUGCCAGAUUGACUCUCAAGCAUUAGAAAUUGCAGUGAUUCCCAUUUUCACAAUUGUUUUAAAAACCUCAGAAGAAACUGAAUGGUAUAUCUUCAGUAUUGAUUUAGGAUAUGAGAUAUAUUAACUUUUAAGAUGCUUUCCAUAAGACUGCUAACUUAACACAUUAGCCCUCAUGCGUGAAUUGCAGGGUGUGUCUAUUUUGAUGCAUGCUGGUUCCUCUGUGUGCAUAUCUUCCAAAGGGAUGAUUGGCAGUCAUGGCUUCAUAAGGAUGAAAAAAUGAGGAAUGGCCUGUUUAGCCCUUGCUUUCCUACACAAAAUACAGGAAAUGAACCACUGCACAGAAUGUCUAUGUUAAUUCUUAAAUACACCUUUCUGUCUCCUUUGAACUGUUUUCUCCACACGUAGUUCACAUCCAUCAUUAGGACACCAUACAGCAGACAGCUUCUUCUCUCUGUAUUGUUUUUCCUUCCUUGAGCAAUCAUUUUUUAAUUUGUGGAAAAUGGUGCUUGUUCCUGUUGUCACCACACCCUUUUACCAAUUUAGCUGAUUUAUGAAAUUAUGUUUUAAUUAUUUAAAAAUGGUUUCUGAGAUGCGAGAAAGAACUUGAAGGUUUACAAUCCAACAGCCUUUUGUAUUUUAUUUUUCAAAAUAAAAGCUUU